CUCUAACUUCCACCACCGGAAGGAAAUGCAAUCAAAGAUGGUAGCAGCAGCAGCAAUUCAUUCUCCUCAUCCAUCCGAUUUAACCACGCUCCAAGAAGCCCGUUCCACGACCUAUCUGCAGUCCCGCCUAGGAUCCAAAACCUCGGUCCCAGAUAGCAAUUUCAUCAUCCCCGUGAUCGACAUCUCCCCAUCCUUCUCUUCCUCGCUGUCAGCUCGCCAAUCCGUCGCCGCCAAAAUCCGCACUGCAUGUACUACCUCUGGCUUCUUCUAUAUCACGCACCACGGCGUCUCUGAGAAAGCCCGCGCGGGGAUCUUAGACCAAGCGGAACGGUUCGUCAAACUCCUACCUCAGUGCAAAAAGGAGGAAUUACAUAUUCGGUUGAGCAAGCUGGGGUAUGGAUGGGAGCCGGGGAAUUAUACAAGUUUAGCGGGCGAUUUGGAGACCAAGGAGGCGUUUAAUUUUGGGUAUGAGCAAGGCUUGGAUGUCACGGGUGGGGAUGGGAUGUAUCGAAAUUUAGACGGGUCGGUGGGAUGUGGGAAUGUGUGGCCUAAGGAGGAGGAUUUACCGGGAUUUUAUGAAGGGGUGAGGGAGUAUUAUGGUCAGGUGCUCCAGCUUGCGCGCCACCUCUUCAGGCUCUUUGCUCUAUCACUAGAUCUACCAGAGCAUCAUUUCGAUCACAUGACAACGCACCCCGGCGGCAUCUGCAGACUCCUCUACUACCCUCCCUGUAAACACUUCCCUUCCUCCAAAAGAGCUGAAGGAGAAGGAGAGGAAAUCGGCCUUGGCGCUCACACCGACUACGAAUGCUUCACUCUCCUUCACAGCUCCUCGACACCUGGUCUCGAAAUCCUCACACCCUCAAACUCCUGGCACCGCGCUACCCCCCUCCCAUCCAGCUUCAUCGUCAACGUGGCAGACUUCCUGAUGCGGUGGACUAACGGGGUCUACAAAUCCACAAUCCAUCGUGUUGUGAACAGAACAGAUGAGGAGCGUUACAGCGUCCCUUUUUUCUUUAGUGUGAAUUAUGAUGAGGUCGUUGAGACGCUGCCAACGUGCUUGAAUGACGGCGAGAAGAGUAGCUAUCCACCUAUUAGAGCAGGGGAGUAUAUCCUGGAGAGGCUGAAUACCACGACGAAGGAUGGGAAUGGUUAUUUUGGUAAUGAGGGGUUCUUUGGGGAGGAGAGGAGGGAAUAGGAUUGGGACUUUACGUGCCGGUGUAGGAAGUGACUUGCCC